AUGGGUAAUUGCAGUAGUACUGUCUGCUAUUGCUGCGGCAGCAAUAAAGAACAACAGCAACCAAAUAAAGAGGAAGAAGAAAACCUAUAGCCUAUAAUUGAUAAAAAUGGAGGACUUGAUUUACUAAAUUCUCCAAUGCAGGACAUAGAAAAGCUUGCUUUAACUCGUGAUUUAAUUGUAGGAACUGAUACCUUUAAAAUGAAUGAUACAGCUCAUGACACAAUAUGUAACGAAAACAAACCCAUCAAAGAUAAGCAGAAAUUCAGGAAAAUAGAUAUUGAGGGAGGUUUAAUUUAUGAAGGACAGGUCAGAAAGAAGACUGGUGAAAGACAUGGUUAUGGGAGACUGUAAUGGCCAGAUGGAUCUUAUUUUGAGGGCUACUGGGCUGAUGGGAAAGCAGAUGGUCGAGGAAUAUUUAAAACUUCAGAUGGAGAGCUGGUAGAAGGAGAGUGGAAAAAAGACAAAGCAACUGGUUUAGGAGUAUUUAAGCAAAAAGAUGGUAAUGGUAUAUUCAAAGGCUAUAUGAGAGAUGAUGCAUAGAAUGGAAGGGGUAUUGAAUUAUGGAGUGAUGGAUCCUACUAUAAUGGAGAAUACAAAAAUGGCUAAAAGCAUGGCAGAGGAGUUUACUAUUGGGCAGAUGGUUCAAAAUAUGCAGGCGACUGGCAACAAGAUGAAAUGCAUGGCGUUGGAGAAUUUGUUUGGUCAGAUGGAAGAAGAUAUAAAGGGUAAUUUUCAAUGGGAAUGAUGGAAGGAGAAGGCAAUUAUGAAUGGAAGGAUGGAAGAAUGUAUCAAGGAGAGUAUUUGAAAAACAAAAAGCACGGCUUUGGGAUCUACAUAUACUCGGAUGGAAGCAGAUUUGAAGGCUAAUGGCGCAAUGGUUAAUAGGAUGGAGUAGGUUUCUUGAUUGAUAAGCCAGGAAUUAAUAAAAGAAAAGGUUAAUGGCAAAAUGGAGUACAUUAGAGAUGGUUAGAUUGA